AUGACCUAUCUUACUUGUGGCUACGGCAGCGAUACAUCAAGCAUUUCUGAUGGCGACAUUGAUACCCCACUAACUUUGGACGUCGUGGGUAAGAAAACCCGACCCGCUGUGCUGAUAGAGCUAAUGAAAGAUGAUAAAGAGUUGAACGUGAACGAUAUAUUAUCUUUGAGCAUUUCAGAAACUGAAGAAUCAUUGGGCACGUCUGCUCUACAUAGUCAACCAAGCACGCCCUUGAAUCAUAGUCUAUUAACGACACAACGAGAAUGGGAAGGUCUAUGUACCAAAUACGAUCAAGGGAUCCAAAAUCUGCGAGAUAUCGAGGAUCAGAUGUUGCGCUACCAGGCACUGCAUCCCUGUCUCUCUAUCAGUCAUGGGAAUCCUAUGCUAUACACACAAUGCCACCACAUGGUAAAGGAUCGAGAUACCAACAAUAUUCACCGAACUGUCGAUUCUCUUGGCGGUCAAGACGGAGAUGCGGGGAAAUGUUGUUCUCAAGGCCACCACCAUCACCUCAAAGUUCAACUUGAUAAUGCUGUGGAGGUAUCCAUUGUUACGCUUGAUACCCUGACCGGAAAGAAGACAAUGAUAAGCUUGACAACCAAGUCAACUAUCAAACAUGUUCAGCAGCUACUUGGGUUUUGGGAAUACGAUUUACCAAUGAGUUUGCAGGAUGGAAUUACAAGCUAA